GCCUUAAUGUGACGUAACACGUCUAAGGAGUCAGAGAUCCUAGAUCCGAGAUUUCCACAGAGCGCUCAGAGUUGACUGAGGAGGUUUCGUCUCAGCCUGGAUCACUGAGGAAGGUUCUAAGACAAUGAUGGAUCUUAUGACAGCUAUCAAUCAUAUCAAUGCUACAGCUGACAGCGGAAGAAACAUCUCCAUGUAUGACAACGACGCAUAUGACUACAGGGAGGAGCACGACUACGGGGAUGAGCAGGGCGACAAAGAAGACCACGACGGGCUGACUCAGUCCCUCAACAUCAUGUCGCUCGUGGUUUACUGCCUGGCCUUUGUCCUCGGUGUGCUCGGGAAUGGAGUGGUUAUCUGGGUGACCGGUUUCAAGAUGAAGAAAACAGUUAACACAGUCUGGUUCCUCAACCUGGCUGUGGCUGACUUCCUCUUCACAGCCUUUCUCCCCUUGAGUGUGACAUACACAGCUAUGGAUUUCCACUGGCCUUUUGGCAAGUUCAUGUGCAAACUGAACAGCACCGUGACCUUCCUCAACAUGUUUGCCAGUGUCUACAUUCUGGUGGUGAUCAGCGUGGACAGAUACGUGUCUGUGGUGUGGCCCGUCUGGGCCCAGAACUACCGUAAUUUACACAAGGCUUAUUGUGUGAGCCUUGCAGUUUGGGUUCUGGCUUUGAUCCUCAGCGCUCCGUAUUUCAUCUUCAGGGACACCGCGCCGUCAACCCACGACGAAAAUAACAUCAACUGCUUCAACAACUUUGCGCUGUCUGAUGAUUUUGAAACGGCCUCUGUGAACCAGCUGAGGCUGUUCCGUCACCAGGCCAUGGUCAUCACCCGCUUCCUGCUGGGAUUCGUUAUCCCCUUCACUGUCAUUGUCUCCUGUUAUGCCGUCAUAAUCCAUCGCCUCAGGCGAAACCGCACCCUGGCCAGCCACUCAAGUCGCCCCUUCAAGAUCAUCGCCGCCAUUAUCAUCACUUUCUUCCUGUGCUGGUGUCCAUAUCACACCUUGAGUCUCAUUGAGUUGAUGAAUCACAUGUCGGAAAACUCAAGUGAAACGCUGGAACUCGCCAUUGCUGUCGGUACCCCUAUAGCCACCAGUCUGGCUUUUCUCAACAGCUGCCUGAAUCCACUGCUGUACGUGUUCAUGGGCCAGGAUUUCAAGGAUAAAGUCCGCAAGUCCAUCCUGAAUAUGUUGGAGACUGCCUUCCAGGAAGAGGUCUCUCGUUCUUAUACCUAUACAAACUCAAUGGUCACCACUCGGAGCAAAGAGAAGUCAGUUUCUGAUGCAGAGUUGUAACGAUGCCAACUAACGAAUGAAGAAUGAAUGAAUGAAUGAAUGAAUGAAUGAAUACUUAAACUGUAUGAGGAACUUUAUACAAAAAAUCACUUGACUUUGUCACUUGAGUUUCAGAAAAUAACUUGUCAAAUUAAACUGUAUGAGGAACUUUAUACAAAAAAUCACUUGACUCAGUCACUUGAGUUUCAGAAAAUAACUUGUCAAAUCUAAAAUAGCAUCCUCUCACUUAACCACACUGACUGAUGGAAAUAUUGCACAAUAGGUUGUCAAUCAGUCCAUUUAAAGGUGGGAACAAGCAUUUUAGAGUGAUGAAAUGUUUUUUUUUUUUUUUUUUUUGGAUGUUGUUGUUUGUUUGUUACUUUAUUUAUAGAGCACUAUAGAGUUCUGUUGUUUUACAUGUUGUGUAUCAAUACAUGUGCAGGAGAGGAUUAGGGCCACAUAGGAAAACAAUUCUUACUUUUUUAACAGUGCAUUUGUUUCUUUUUACAGAACUACUCAAAGAAUGCUCAAUCUCAAAAGUCAAACAGAUGUUAAAAAAAAUCAGCGGAUGGAUGGAUUGAAGUCAGAAAUCUGAUUUUAAACACCAAAUUCAAAGUAAAAAAUUUUUAAAAAAAAAUCUAACUUUAAAAGAAAAAAAUGAGUUUAAACCAAUUUUGAAUACUCAAUCAAAAUUAUGAUAAAAGAAAAUUAAGUUACGUGAUGUUUUUACAGUUGCCCCAGUCUUCUCCUGUAUAUACCCGUAUUAUAUAGAGUACAUUACACACUUGGUACAUAUGUAAAUGAACCUGCAUACACACAUCCAAAUUUAGGAAACUCUAAUGCAAGCAGCUACUUUAACGUAAAGUUAACAUGUGGCUGAUAAAGGGAACAUCUGUUAUGUACACAAUUGUCUGUGCACAAUAGAAAAGAAAACAGGUGAUAUUUCAAGUGCACGUUAUGUACAGACCAUAAAAUUAUAUUUUUCCCACCGUGCACAAUAGUUGACUGUAAACUGGAUUUCACUCGAUAUUAAAUUAACCACGUGAAACAGAGUUGCCGUCAGACAACAGCGAGAACAGCAUCAACAAUGCUGCUCUUCUUGACGAUAAUGAGACACCACCUGUAAUCCAACCGACACAGUUUCGCUGUCAGGUCGCGACCAUCGCCUGCUUCCCCCUGUGGACUUGUUGUCUCUUUCACUGUCAUUGUGUCCAGUUAUGCCGUCAUAAUCCAUCACCUCAGAAGAAGUCACGCGUGGCCCGCUGCUAUUAUCACAUCCACUGCUCAAUACACUCCUUUAUGUGUUCAUGGGUCAAAAUUUCAAGGAUGAGCUCUGCAGAUCUGUCUAGUUGGAGGCUGCCUUCCAGGGGCCUAAGUCAUGGGACGGCACUCAGAGCCCAGAGAUUUUAUUUUUUUUUUCCUCCAAAUAUUUAAUAGAAAUUCCUGUCACCAGUCUGUUUUUUUUUACCACGUGUCGUGUGACAUCACAAUGGAAACUGCAUCUCUACAUUAUGCUAAAAUAAACAUGUCAUUCCCAUUUCCUUAAUCAGCAUAUGAGCAAUCUCCUACACAAUGACAAUGAUUAUGACGAAUCAUUAUUGUUAUGUUUAAGCUGCAUUGGGUAAUAAGUUUCAAUUUCAUCUGUAGAUAUGUUUCCCUCUUUUGGAAGUGUGGGGAAUGCGAGGGGUUAAGUACAUGCAUGUUUUAUCCGACCAGAAGUCAAAGAAAGCAAUAAUCAAAUGAAUCAUCAUCACAUGAAUUGCGCCAUUAACCUUGUUUCUGUUGAAAACAGUGUAAAUUUGAUGUUGUUGUUUUUUUUGUCUUUUUUUUUAAUAACUAUUAUUAUUUUUGCUUAUUUUAGCCACUAAGAGUUCAUCAGUGCCAAUAACGAGCAUGACUGAUUGUCCUUGCUGUUUCCACUAUUUCUAUUAUUAAAAUAUUUUUGGAUUAAA